UUCAAAGAUGGCGAUGUAAAAGCCAAGGUUUGUUUUCUAUGGGUGUGAAGUAUGUUUAAAUGCAUUAAUCAAACAGCCAGGUUUACGAGAUAUCGUCAGUCAGCGGGUAAAGAUUAUUUUCCUAACCACGAUUUUAGCUUGUUUGUUUGUUGUUGUUUGUUUGCUGCAGGCUGGUGUCAUCCUUGCCACUCAGAAUGACUGACCAGGCUGUGAAGAGGGUGGUUAGUGAUAUAAUUCGCUCACCCGAGGACAAACGGGUUUACAGGGGCCUGGAGUUUACCAAUGGUCUAAAAGCAAUACUAAUCAGUGACCCAACAACAGACAAAUCAUCUGCUGCUUUGGAUGUUCAAAUAGGCUCACUGUCAGAUCCUCCCAACAUCUCGGGCCUGGCACACUUUUGUGAGCACAUGCUUUUCCUGGGAACAAAGAAGUAUCCCAAGGAGAAUGAAUAUAGCCAGUUCCUCAGCGAGCAUGCAGGCAGCUCCAAUGCCUUUACAAGUGGAGAGCAUACCAACUACUACUUCGAUGUGUCCCAUGAGCACUUGCAAGGAGCACUAGAUAGGUUUGCCCAGUUUUUCCUGUGCCCACUGUUUGAUGAGAGCUGUAAGGACCGGGAGGUGAAUGCUGUGGACUCUGAGCAUGAAAAGAACCUGAUGAAUGAUGCCUGGAGACUGUUUCAGCUCGAAAAGGCCACUGGCAACAAAAACCACCCCUUCAGUAAAUUUGGAACAGGGAACAAAUUGACUCUUGAGACCAGACCAUCUAAAGAUGGGAUUGACGUCCGCCAGGAACUCCUACAAUUUCACUCCACCUAUUACUCUUCUAAUCUCAUGGGACUUUGCGUGUUAGGAAGAGAAUCAUUAGAUGAGCUGACCUCCAUGCUGGUUAAUCUUUUUGGAGAAGUAGAGAACAAGAAUGUGCCUGUGCCCGAGUUCCCUGAGCAUCCCUUCCAGGAAGAACACCUCAGACAAUUCUACAAAGUGGUGCCUGUCAAAGACAUCAGAAACUUGUAUGUGACAUUCCCCAUCCCAGAUCUGCAGAAGUACUACAAGUCAAACCCAGGGCAUUAUCUGGGACAUCUGAUUGGCCAUGAAGGGCCUGGAAGCUUGUUAUCGGAGCUAAAAUCUAAAGGCUGGGUAAACACACUUGUUGGUGGGCAAAAAGAAGGCGCCAAAGGCUUCAUGUUCUUUAUCAUCAACGUGGACUUGACUGAAGAGGGCCUGUUGCACGUUGAGGACAUCAUCUUCCACAUGUUCCAGUACAUCCAGAAGCUGCGUACUGAGGGACCUCAGGAGUGGGUGUUUGAAGAAUGCAAGGAUUUAAACAAAGUGGCCUUCAGGUUCAAGGACAAGGAACGACCCCGUGGCUACACUUCCAAAGUGGCUGGUUUGCUACACUAUUAUCCUAUUGAAGAAGUUUUAGCAGCAGAGUACCUUUUGGAGGACUUCAGACCAGAUCUGAUUGAGAUGGUGCUCGAUAAACUCAGACCAGAACAUGUCAGAGUUGCAGUGGUGUCAAAGUCAUUCGAAGGUCAAACAGACAAGACAGAAGAGUGGUAUGGCACGCAGUACAAGCAGGAGGCCAUUUCUGAAGAGACCAUCAAGAAAUGGGCAAGUGCUGAUCUCAAUGGCAAGUUUAAGCUGCCUAUGAGAAAUGAGUUUAUUCCUACCAAGUUUGAGAUCUACCCACUUGUGAAAGACUCUCCAUCCGUCCCCACAUUAAUCAAGGACACUGCUAUGAGCAAGGUGUGGUUCAAGCAGGAUGACAAGUUCUUCCUGCCCAAAGCAUGCCUUAACUUUGAGUUCUUCAGCCCGUUUGCGUAUGUGGACCCAUUGCAUUGUAACAUGGCAUAUUUAUACCUGGAGCUCCUCAAGGACUCCCUCAACGAGUAUGCAUAUGCAGCCGAGCUAGCUGGCUUGAACUAUGACCUUCAAAAUACCGUCUAUGGGAUGUAUCUGUCUGUGAAAGGUUACAAUGACAAACAACACAUCCUGCUCAGGAAGAUCAUUGAGAAGAUGGCCACCUUUGAGAUUGAUGAGAGGCGUUUUGACAUCAUUAAGGAAGCGUACAUGAGGUCUUUGAAUAACUUCAGAGCUGAGCAGCCUCACCAGCACGCCAUGUACUACCUUCGUCUUCUCAUGACGGAGGUUGCUUGGACCAAAGAUGAGCUCAGGGAGGCUCUGGAUGAUGUAACUCUCCCACGCCUCAAGGCCUUCAUACCGCAGCUAUUGUCACGGCUACAUAUUGAAGCGCUUCUCCAUGGCAACAUCACCAAGGAGUCCGCCCUUGGCAUGAUGCAAAUGGUGGAAGACACGCUCAUUGAGCACGCUCACACAAAGCCCCUCCUUCCAAGCCAGCUGAUUCGCUACAGAGAGGUGCAGGUUCCAGACGGUGGCUGGUACGUUUACCAGCAGCGCAACGAGGUGCAUAACAACUGUGGCGUCGAGAUCUACUACCAGACAGAAAUGCAGACCACCCAUGACAAUAUGCUGCUUGAGUUGUUCUGUCAGAUCAUCUCUGAGCCCUGCUUCAACACACUGAGAACCAAAGAACAGCUGGGCUACAUUGUGUUUAGCGGGCCCCGGCGGGCUAAUGGCGUUCAAGGCCUGCGCUUCAUCAUCCAGUCGGAGAAGGCGCCGCACUACCUGGAGAGCCGAGUGGAGGCGUUCCUCUGCACCAUGGAGAAGGCUGUGGAGGAGAUGAGUGAAGAGGCCUUCCAGAAGCACAUCCAGGCCCUGGCCAUCCGCCGACUAGACAAGCCUAAGAAGCUGUCCGCUGAAUGUGCCAAGUACUGGGGAGAGAUCAUCUCUCAGCAGUAUAAUUUUGACAGAGAUAACAUUGAAGUGGCAUAUCUGAAGACUCUGACGAAAGAAAACAUCACUCAGUUCUACAAAGAUCGGUUGAUGGUCGAAGCCCCCAAGAGACACAAGGUGUCUGUGCACGUCCUGUCUAGAGAGAUGGACUCCUGUCCAAUAGUGGGAGAGUUCCCUGCACAGAACGAUGUCAACCUGGCCCCUGCUCCGUCUCUGCCACAGCCCACGCUGAUUCAGGACAUGACAGAGUUCAAGAGGAGCCUGCCUCUCUUCCCCCUGGCCAAGCCUCACAUCAACUUCAUGGCUGCCAAACUGUGAGGGGGGCCUCGGCAGGUCGUCCCACAGCAGCAGGGGGUGAAGGUGCACCUGGGAGGAGCCCUGCUACGUUUCUCACCCACACCCUCCUCCUCUCACUAUUCGGAAGUCUGUCACCUGACUGAGCCUGCAUGACUGUGUGUGUGUGUGUGUGUGUGUGUGUUUGCUUGCAUGGGUCCGUGUGUGUGAGGCCGGAGCCACUAAAAAAAACAACAGAUGUUUGAAAUCAAAAGCGUGUAUUUGAAUCACACAGUUAGCCCUGCCCGUCGUUAUAGCUGUGGUGAUGAUAGAGGACGCACCAGACUCACCAGAGACGCUCACACAUCAUGAUACUGUGUAGGCUGUAGUUGAGGACAUAGGCAACCAAAAAAAAAGAAUAACAGAAGACGAGGGCCAGUUCCCUCAAAAUGAGUGGAAGUAUACUGCGGAAGUUCACAGUAGGAGGUAUUUUAUUUAAAUUAGUCACGUGCUGCUUUGAAAAUGAAUUGAGGGUUUAUAUUGAAGUGAAGGCUCUAGAAGCUAAUCACCGUAGCUCCAUGAAGGUCUUCUCUCUUAUUUGUUGGACUGUUCUGUUCGCUGUGUAACCACUGAAGGCACCACGACCCUCUAGAAAGCAGCAACACGCUCGCGCCGUAGGAAUGUUUUAGUCCAAUUGAUGCGAUUUUUGAAGAAUCUCUGCCUUAUAAUUACGGUUUUAAUUCUCGUAGGUUUUGAAAUGUUUUUGCUUGUAAACUGGUAAAAUGUUGGGACCCUUUGAGGAGCUGUUUUAAAUUGCUUAUCACAGAUCGAUGCCCAUGUAGUGUUUUUAUUGUUGCAUUGAACAGUAGUUUGUACUUCAGACAUCUCAGGGGAAACCUUCAUGCUGUUUUGUUUUUUUUAAAUUUUCAUUUCAUUUUAUUAGCGAGCGAAUAAAAUAAAAACACUUAUUGGUUUCAGCUACAUUAGUUUGUUCAGGUCGUUUUCCUUCUGUAGAGGUUUUUCUUUUCAAACUUACAGUGGCUGUAGACACAUUUUUUGUUUGUUUGGUGUAAACUCCAUGUUGGCAUGCGAGACUUUCUGCAGCUUGUGCCUUUUCAGGGGGGAAUCAGAUAGUGUAUAUCUUUCUGCUCUUGGUCUGAAGACUUUGAUCCCUCUGUCCUUCUUAUAUUGCUGGACUGUGCAUUGGCCCUCAGCGUAGAUGUGAAAACUGCAGCCUUUUUCCUCUUUCUUGUUGGCGAAAGGCUCUAGUCUGUACUUAUUCCUGUAGUAAAUAUAUGCACUUCUUUCAAUAAGCAAUAAAUGUACUAAUGUGGAGAGGGAGGCAGACUGAGAUUUGAUCCUGGAUCCGCUGAUCCCUGGCUGUUCUGAGUGGAUGGUGAUGUCAGUAGAAGCGCGACCUGCUUUCUCAGGUGCUACUCCUUUUGCCACUGCUCUGUUAGGUUAGGUCUCAUUUCCCCCCUCGUCCAACGAUAGCUGCUCUCAGGUCUAGCUCUUCACUCAUUCACGCAGUGCUGCCUAGAUUUAAGGUGAGGAAUUAUGUAUGAUUGUAUUUUGUCAAAAGCUUCUUCAAUGUUUUCCAGCAUUUUACUACGUGUGAUCAAAACCAUUUCAGUUUUUCCUUCCUCCACGCGGCCCCCGCUAUUCAUUACCAAGUACUGUGUUAAAAGGCACCAUUUCAUUGUGGUUAAAACCCAAAGAACCAGCAGCAGCAGGACGCCUCAGGUGAUCCUGGACGUCCAAAGCUGUAGCGAAGCCGUUUUCACGCCGUGGGCAGAGAUACUAACAUUACAUAUCAGGCGUGGGGGAACCAUGCUGGUUACCACAUCAAGUACCUAGAAACUGGUUUAGAUAAUCAAAGGCUUUCUUUUAUUUCCUGAAUGUCUUUAAAGGCUGAUUUUGGUUGGCUGGAUUUUUGGGUGCUGGUAAUGCAAAGAGUGAUGUUUUGGGUUUGUACCUAUGUGUUUAAUAAACUGAAUGGAAUGAA